AUGAAGGUUGCCACAGAGCUUCCACUUGACAUAAUAUUUUCUCAUAUUCUUCCAAGACUACCAGUUAAAUCCAUACCCCGUUUCAAGUGUGUUUCAAAACAAUGGCACUCGUUCCUAUCAUCGCGUAUGUUUGCCAAGACGCAUCUCAAAUUCCUACAAAACGACCGCAAACAAAACAAUCUCAAACUCAUAGUCUUAUCGAACACAACACCAUCCAACUUUUGCACCAUUGACUGUGAAUCUCCUGAUGAUGGUUUCACGUCUAUCCGUUCUUUGCCAUUUGAAGCCAGCCGCGAAAACAUAUCACUAAUAGCAUCCGUGAAUGGGCUGGUAUGCGCCGGCUUAAAGAAUGUGAUAAAUAAGAAUGAAUUCUAUGAUCUUGUUUUAUGGAACCCUUUGACGGGUGAUCAUAAAGUAUUGUUUAGAACAAGUUCUUAUAAGAUUAAACAAAGAGGAUUCUUGUUUUAUUAUAGCUCUUCUGAAGAUGACUACAAGCUUGUAUGCAUAACACGGGCUAAUGAUGUUUAUAUAUACUCGUUGAAAUCCAACUCUUGGACGAAAGUAUUGCAUCGUGUUUCAGGUGAUUGGAUCCCAAGUACAGCGUUGAACGAAGGAAUUUAUUUGAUUAACCAAACAGGAUGUCAAGAGUCAUGUUCAAUUAUGAAGAUCGAUUUAAGGACCAAAAAUUUCAAGAUAGCAACUCUUCCUUUGAGAAAUAAAGCAACAAAUAACGGUACUAGUAAAGAUGUGCAUACGGUGAUUGUUGGAGGACAGGUUCGGUUGUUUGAGAGAUAUUGCGCGGGUGAUAUGCUGAUGAUUGAAUGGUUAAGGUGGCCGAGUAUGAAAGGAGGUCGGCCAAAGGGAACCAUGGUAAAUAAUUACCCCAAGUAUUCGAGCCCUUGGUUUCUGAGGCCAAUACACAUGAUGAAGAAUGGAAAUUACCUCAUGCAUUCGGAAAUUGGAAAUCAUUUGUGCAUUGUAGACGCAAAGAGGCAAACGAAGCAGUUUUUGUGUUCGUGUACCACGAGAUAUGAGGAUAUCCAAAUUGGAGCGAAAUUCACGGAGACACUCGAGUCACCCAAUCAAUAUAAUUAG